AAUGUUUUUGUCCCCUACGCAUUUUCCCUUACUUCAAACAUUUUCUCGCAAUGUCUAUAUUCCGGAGGUCGAAAAAGUUCGAAGCUUCAAAAGGAGCCGGGAUCGCUCAAGACAUGGAGCUUGCGAUCCCGACUCACUUUAGAUGUCCGAUAUCUCUAGAUUUGAUGAAAGAUCCUGUCACUUUAUCGACAGGAAUCACGUACGAUCGUGAAAAUAUUGAAAAAUGGAUCGAGAUGGGAAACUCUACGUGCCCCGUCACCCACCAGGUCUUGUUAACUUUCAACCAAAUCCCGAAUCACACGGUAAGAAAAAUGAUCCAAGAUUGGUGUGUCGCAAACAAGUCUUGUGGAGUCGAGAGGAUCCCGACUCCUCGGAUUCCCGCCACCCCUAACAAGGUCGCCGCUAUUUGCUCGAGAAUCGAGGUAGCUAUGAGGAAUGGAGAUAGAUCAAAAUGUCGAGAAUUGUUAGAAAAAAUCGAGGAUUUGGCCAAAGAAGAUGCGAGCAACAAGCGUUGCUUGGCGAAGAAUGGAAUCGGCUACGCCCUCGUAAAUAUGUUCGAAUCCUUCGCACAUUAUUACAACACUUCAAACGAUGUUCAUCUCAAAGAAAUCUUGUCAGCGUUGACAUGGGUUUUGCCGUUAGACAAAAGAGUCAUUUCCAAGUUAAACUCCGACCUCUCCCUUCGCACGAUGACUCAAAUACUAAAGCGUGAGAACGACCUUUCCUUAAAACAAGACACGGUCCUCGUAUUGAACGAGGUUGUCUCAGUGGAUCAAGAUUCUCUUGAAGUCCUAAUGAGAAUCAACGAGGACAUCGAAGAUAUAUUGUUCCACGUCAUCAAAUCCCCGAUUAGCCCAAAUGCCACGACGGCAACCCUCGCAAUCAUCCAUCGCAUCAUCAUUUCAUCAUCUCCCGAACAAAGUGCGGCGAGGUUUGUCCAAAUGGGACUAAUUCCUCUAAUCCUCGAACUUCUUGUCGACUGCGAUAAAAGCCUCUGCGAGAAGGGCUUAGCUGUCAUCGACAGCAUGUGCUGCCACAAAGACGACAGGGAAAGCGCGUGCGACAAUGCGCUAACGAUCCCGUUGCUCGUCAAGAAAGUUCUUACCGUAUCGACCGCAGCGACCGAAGCCGCGGUUUCGACACUGCGGAAGCUGUGCUUCGGAGAGAACAAGAAUGUGAUGUUAGAAGCAAUGAAGUUUGGAGCCUUCCAGAAGCUUCUAGUAGUUCUGCAAAUGGACGUUGGCGAAGGAACGAAGGCAAACGUCACUCAGCUCUUGAAACUCAUGAAUAAUGUGCAUAGACAUGACUUCGAUUAUUGCUUUGAUUCUUUGUAUUAAUAUAUGGAAAGAUACUAAAUUCUUGUAACACUGUACAAUACGAUUUAGAAUUUAGAAAUAUUC